GAUCAGGGGUGCUGUGUUCUGUGUAUGGCAAGAUCAGUGAGCUGAGCUCCUGUCAGCGAGCAUUCACAGCUCCACCGCCACCCACAUGGACUAGCGGUUUCCCCCUGAGCCAGCAAACCGGGCACAAUGGCCGGAGCAUUUGCAGCGGUCUCCAUUCAGAUCAAGGGCGUCUUUAAAAGGAACGGUCUGCUCAUUCUUUCGGUGCUGUCGGUUAUUAUCGGGUGCUCCCUGGGAUUUUUUCUUAGGACUAGGCACCUCUCCGAACAGGAAAUCAAGUAUUUCCAGUUUCCUGGUGAGCUGUUGAUGAGGAUGCUAAAAAUGUUAAUUCUUCCACUGGUAGUAUCCAGCUUGAUGUCUGGACUGGCGGCCUUGGAUGCAAAAGCUUCAAGUCGAUUGGGUCUCAUCACAAUUGCUUACUACCUCUGGACAACCUUUGUGGCUGUUGUUAUAGGAAUAAUUAUGGUCUCCAUUAUACAUCCUGGUGGUGCAGCCCAGAAGGAGAGUAUCGAUGACAGUGGAAAGCCAAUCAUGAGCUCUGCUGAUGCAUUGUUAGAUUUGAUACGGAAUAUGUUCCCAUCUAAUCUAGUUCAAGCUACCUUUCAGCAGUAUCGAACCAAGAUUGUUCCAAUUGUUGUUUCUGUCAAAGUUGUGGGAUCUGAAGCUGCCACACGAAUGCCUUUAAUUUAUGGAAUUCAAGGUGACAAUGACUCUGAAGUAGUUCAGAACAUUUCUUUGGAUAUUACCCCACCUCCAGAAAUUAUCUACAAAUCAGGGCCAGGAUCAAGUGAAGGAAUGAAUGUUCUUGGCAUUGUUAUAUUUUCUGCAACAAUGGGUAUAAUGCUGGGGAGAAUGGGAAAGAAUGGACUGCCACUGGUCAGCUUCUGUCAAUGUUUAAAUGAAUCUGUGAUGAAGAUUGUUGCUGUUGCCACAUGUUAUUUCCCUCUAGGCAUAGUGUUUCUCAUUGCUGGCAAAAUCCUGGAGAUGGAUGACCCUACAGCAAUCGGGAAAAAACUGGGCUUCUACGCUAUCACAGUGGUUUGUGGUCUCGUGGUCCAUGGGCUAUUUGUUCUACCCAUGGUUUACCUCUUUAUCACCAAGAAAAAUCCAAUUGUUUAUAUAAGAGGAAUCCUUCAAGCCUUACUCAUAGCUUUGGCUACUUCAUCAAGUUCUGCCACUUUGCCAAUCACCUUCAAGUGCCUGUUGGAAAAUAAUCAUAUCGACAGAAGAAUUGCGAGAUUUGUAUUGCCUGUGGGAGCUACAAUCAACAUGGAUGGCACUGCCUUGUAUGAAGCUGUAGCAGCAAUAUUCAUAGCACAGGUUAACAACUAUGAACUGGACUUUGGACAAAUUAUUACUGUAAGCAUAACAGCCACAGCAGCCAGCAUAGGUGCAGCAGGGAUUCCACAAGCUGGACUUGUCACCAUGGUUAUUGUCUUGACAUCUGUUGGUCUUCCUACAGAUGACAUCACUCUAAUAAUUGCAGUAGACUGGGCACUGGAUAGAUUUCGGACCAUGAUUAAUGUCCUGGGAGAUGCUUUGGCAGCUGGAAUCAUGGCUCAUAUCUGCCGAAAGAAUUUCACUCAGGAAAAUGAUGAAGUUCCACUGAUUGGUGAAACAAAACCUAUAAGCAUUAAUCCAAUCAUGGCCUAUCAGAGAAAUGGAUGCACGAAUGAUGCUAACAAGUCAAACAAACAAAUCUAUGCUAUUACCCCAGAGGGAUCCCAUAAUGUACAAAUAGAGUUGGGUCUCGGCACCAAAAAGGAUCACUGUACCAUUGAAAUAGAUGAGUUAGAGACCAAAGUAUAGUGACGCAAAUGUAUAUUCAACAAGAGUAUUUCAUGCCAUAUUGGUAAAAUGUAUGACUACCUCAGAGCUGGAAAUGUUAUAUAUUCAUGAGAAGUUAAAAAGUAGAACUGAUGGAUGGUAGUGCUGGAGAUGCGCAGUUAAUGUGUAUCAAUGUGACCUAUUCAUGCUUUGUCUCUUUUCAUAAAUAUCACAUGAUUUUUGUCUAUUUGGUUUUUCUUGAAUUUACAAUGGAAUAAUUUAGAGGGUACAUUCUUAUAUUUAUUUCACCUGCUAAAAUAAGAGGUAGCAAAUUAAACUUAUCUGAUUUUAGCAUUUUCUAUCUUUCCUGAUUCCUUUCUCCCAUUCCCUAAUGGGUUGUCUCCAUUCUAGGGAGUUCAGGAAGCAGGUACAUGUUGUUCUAAUUCUAUGAAGAGGCAAAAAAGAAGAAAUUUCAAUAAUUAUCUAGGAACUUCCCUGGGGCUCUUGUAGUGCAGUGGUAAAUAAAGUCCCUACCUCUGAACUAGAAAGUCUGCAUUCAAGUCCUACCUACUCCAAAGCUAUAUCAGAAACCUUCUGAACCGAUUAAUUUAAAAAUGUCUUUCCUUCCAUAAAGUACAAUCUCCAAUGUUAGAAUCUGGAUGCAUUACUGAAUGAAAUGAUGAUUGUCAAGUGAGAUAAAGCCCUGAAAAAAUUCACCCUCUAAAUCUCUAAGUCAUGGCUGGUUAGAAGGCCAAAGACUUGACUUCUCACACACACACACACACACACGCACGCGCGUGCACACACACACACAUUCCAGCUCUUCAUGCUCCAAGAAUGGUUAACUGAAGAAUCUUGGCAGCUAACACUUUAUGUAAAUUGUUGAAGUUCCAUAGCUCCAUUCUGGGUCGACAUGUUUUACAAAUACUAAUCUUCAUUCCUGGAAGCUGCACAUUUAAGCUCUUGAGAGCCAAAGUUAACUUAAUAGCAUCAUGCUCGUAUGUAUUUAUUCAAAAUCUCUUCUAAGCACUUACAGCCCCAAAUCCUGAUGCACGACAACUUCUCUUCCAAGGACUUCAGCUGUACCUAUUUAAUCUGAUAGUUUUAAAGGAGAGAGCUAAAAGGGGAGUAGGAAAGAAGGCAAAAAUCACAUUUCAAAAGCCUGUUUAUUGUAGAGGAAAAGUAAAAUCAAGCUAACUAAACAGUUACCUAGUUUUACAUCCUUAGAAGGAAUGAGGAAGAGAAGCUUGAUGGAAGUUUUAAAGAUAAAUGUUAGAAAACUAGAUAAACUUAAUCUUACACUAAACACACUGGAUCAGUUGUUUUCUCAGCAUUAGGUUUUGCAGGUCCUAGCAAUUAGUUUUGUGCUGUAUUCAAUUGUCUAGAAUGAUUUAAUAUCCUGCCUAAGUUCAUUUUAAAUAAGUUUCUCUAAUCAUUUUUUCUGCCAAGUGGCAGUUCUGCUUCACUGGGACAGUCUUUCUAUUGCAGAAUUAUGCUGACCUACAACAAUAAAGGAUUGAAAUAAUGACGUAGAAAUGUCAGAAUUGGAGGGCAUCAACAAUGUAUUGUUUUCAAUGAUUCAGGGCAUAAUACUUUGAAUGGGCUGGCAGGUUUUAAUCAGCUAAUGGUCCAGUAAUCACCUAAUGGCUCUUUCAUUGUUUUAUGAAUUUUAAUGUCAUAUUUCUUGUACUGUUUUUAUGAAAUAGUUUCACUGUACAUAGCUUAAAUGCAUUGCCAUUUAAUAUUAUCUGAAUCUGAAGCAGAUUAUAUGCUGCUUAUUAUUAGAGAAAUUUAGAUUUUAUUACCACUUAGACGUGGAAUAUUUUAUGUCAGCUAAAACACAACAAAUGUCAUGUAUAAAAUUACUUAGUGCAUCAAAUGGAGAUAGUAUUUUCGUGAAAGAAUAUCUGACGAUGUCUCUUUCAGCAUUUUUUCCAAUAUCAGUCCAUUGAAAGCAAUUAAUUCUCAAAUGCUAUAUGACUCAUUGUUUUAAGCUUAUUUACCAGAAGGACAAAACUACAAGUAAUCUGCCAUUAUUGUUGCCAUUAUAUUUUUCCUGAUUUUAUUUUUUGAGUGACAA